UUUCUGUUCGUCGAUCUCUCGUUGCCUACCAAUGAUCCCUGGCGAUUUUGCCGAAGAGAUGAAAGAUACGAAGCCGAAUCACAAAUUUUAAAUCGAAACAAACUACUAGAGAUCAUCGAGAAACAACGAAGAUGAAGCUGAGAGUUUCGAUAAACCUGCCAAGCAUCACUGUCGCAUUUGUCCGAUGAACACCUCCGGCGACGAACAAAUUAGAAAGCUAAGUCCUCUUCAUCAUAUCUUGUACAGAUUAUUAAUGUUCUGUGAAGACAAGCGAGAUCAUGAACUGAACAAUGAGAAAUCACAGCACGGAUUUUUAAUAAGAUUUACUGGUUAUUGGUUGAUAUGUCUGUAGAAUCUUUUAAUACUUCAAAUUACAAACAGUUUUAUCAUGGGUUCCCCUCCAAAAUUCUUGAUUCUGUGUAUAAGGUUGAGAUGAGAAAAUCUUUGUUGUUCUUUGCAUAGAUAGAUUGUGAUCAAUGGAGUUCUUUGGAUGCAGAAUCCAUUGCAUUUCGCAAUACCCAUUUCCAAAAAAGAUCAUGAACAAAGGAUGUGACGUGCUGGAACUUGUGGAGAAUACUUGUUGGAAUUGUCAUAGAUUCAUGCAUUGCAAUCUAUGUGACCCAAAAAAGCAGUUCUUUCCGUAUCUUCAUCUCCUUCUGCAUCUUCCUCUUUAGCCAUAAGAAAAUGGAUGUUGCUUCUUCAACCACUUUCUCUAACCUCACCUCGGUUCUCCCUCUGCCUCAGAGAUCGUCUCUGAAAGUCGUUUUCUCGUCGUCUAAUUCCUCAGCUCCCACAAAAGCACUUCAAUCUCAGUUCUAUGGCCUCAGGCUCUCUCAGUCUUCGUCUCUCCCGAUACCUGCUCAUUCUUCUCCCCCGAAAACUCAAAUCCUUGCCACGCUGAGGAGGGGAAAGGUUGCACCAAACUUGGUUAUGGAGAAUGUCGAGACAGCAGGUGCCACCGGCGUUGGAAUCAACGAUGAUAGUGGGCGAUCUCGCAAGAUUCUGCAGAAGUCUGUGUUGAAGAAAAGAAUAAAGUAUACAUUGGCAAACGGCCGUGGAAACAGAGUGGAGAGAGAAUGGGGAUGGGGAGUUGUUGAAGGAGGCGUCUCUGGAAAAUUUUCAGAGACACAAAGUUUUGUUCUUUACAAGAACGGCGUUAUGAAGCAUGUCUACAAGAAUCAUCUUCAACUCGAGAACAGCAACGAUAAACUGUUUACACCCGGGAAUCACCCGAGCAUGUUUUUCCCGAUGCUUCCAACGAUCCCGAAAAAGCCCGACAAGGAUGGCUCGUCUCCGCCCCCAGGUGAUGGCUCGUCCUCUCCCCCGGAUGAUGGCUCGUCCCCGCCUGGGGAUGGUGGGAGCCCGUCAAAGCCCACGAACCCGUUUAUGCCGGGGAAGAACCCGUUUAUGCCUUGGAAGGGCCCAGCAAAGCUCCCAAACCCGUUCAUGCCCGGAAAAGAUUCAAAGCCAGGAACAUUCCCGUUCAUGCCUGGCAAGCUCCCGAACCCGUUUAAGCCGGGUAAUUCGUCGAAACCAUUGGACGACGCUCUGACAAAAUCGAUAGGGACAACAAUGAUCCCGAUUUCGUCUCUCCCUAAGGACGUGGAAAACCCGCUGAAUACGAAGAAGGUCGACGACGUAAAUGACGAGAACCCGCUUAUGCCCUCGAGCGAGACCGAUGAGGGCUCGAACGAGGCAUAACCCCUCGUCCGCGUCCACGACAUCUUUCUCGAGUUCAAACCUCGUCCUCGAUCUCGGCCAACAUCCAUCAACUAAGUCUGUGUGACGAAGAAGUAAAGAAUUUCAUACCAAAAAAAAAAAAAAGAAGUAAAGAAGCAAGGUCCAUUUGUUAUUUUCUUAAGCAAACAAAAACAACCUAGUUAUAAAUAUGGUGUUAUAUCAAUGUUGUAACACGUCUUUGCAGUAUAUGAUAUGUAUAAUUGAUGAAAUUUGUUUGGAUGA